AUGCAUGCUACCAACCUGCACAAUUCUAGCCGCCUGUUGGUUGUCGGUAAACCAUUUUACCCGGGAACUGGAAAGAAAGGGGCUCAAUGUAUCCAAAACAAAAUGGAUAACAUAGAAAAACCCCAAAGGUGCCUUGGUCUUUCUGAUCCAAAAGCAGCUUCUCCACGUCGGGCAGAGAUUCUAAAUGUUACCUUUAAGUCUAUCGCAGUUGGUAAACACAAUUACACAGUUUCUUGGAAGCCGUUGGAGAACUUUCCGUUUCUUGAUGGUGGGAACUUGACUCAUUAUUCAUUGCUUUACGAAUUUGAGCAUAACCCAACUUCGAAUAGAAUGAUGAGCUGUGUGCUUGUGCCAAGGGUUAGUAAAUUAACAUGAUACUGUUACACAUGAUAAAUAUCUUAAGCAAGACGUUCUGCUUCAAAGAAAUGGUACCUCCGACAUUUCGCGUGUUUCUGACGCAAAAAAGAAAUUUGUCCUCUCGCAGUCGUGGUACAUUGUGAAGUCAGGCGUCGCCUAGAUGAAACUGCAUUAACACAAAAUCAGAUUUCAAACAGAAACAUGAGAAAUUCGUUGUCAUGGCUCAGGUUCUCCAAACAUGAAAAUUGAUGAUUUAACGUUUUUUUUUUUUCCACCGGAGGGCUGAGAAAUGUAGCUUUGCAUCGCAUGUGGAGAGCCAUUGCUCCCGUUACCGUUGCCAUAGAAGACUGCCUAAACUCCCUACUUUAAUCAAUCUGAUGGACAUCUUGAAUUCCAAGCUCUCAAUCAGC